GUUUGAUCCCUGGUCGGGGAACUAACAUCCCACAAGCUGCACGGCGUGGCGAAAAAAAAAAAUUGUGUUCCUGGGGCUUACCUUCAGUGGUUGAUCAAGGUCUGGAGUGGGCCUGGGCAUCUACCUUUUAAACACUCCUCAUUUGAGCCUGGAGACACUUGUGAAACUAAUCUGAGAGGAAAUUUCAGCCAUUUCCUUCAAACUGGAGGCCUGGUUCCCUGUCCAGCCUGAUGGGGGGUGAGGAGGAGGGGGUCUGAGAGGAGAGAACCCUCAUUCUCUCCUGACUUAUUCUGCCCUCUCCCCAUCUCAGGAUUUAUUCAUGUUCUGUCCCUCUACUUAACCUCAGGAACGAGUGGUUAUUAACUAUGAAGCAGAAGUAAUCACAGGAUGUCAAACAGAGCAAAGGAGAGGCAGAGGUCUAAGGGAGGGAAGUGAGGAAAGCGUGUGGAACACUACAGGGGAUAUUUUUUCGGGGGCAGGGGAUGCUGUUGACAGGUUUCUUCCAGUACCUAAGACCAGGAGUUAGUGAGGAUCACCUACUUACUGUGUGUCCAGCACUGCAUUUUGGUAAGUGGAAAAGAUUGGGAGUAAGCUGUGCUUUCUAAGGGCCAGGAGCCCUCUUCCCUCCCUCCACUGCCCUCAAGAUCCUUUCCAAUUUCACUGUCACUGGAACUAGUGGGUUUUUUGAAUGUAUCAACUGCUCCUUCAGUCUGUAGGUCUUCCGGGCAUCUGCCUUUGGCUUCAGGAGCAUAGGGCAGGAGGUCUAGCCGGGUAUAUAUUGCACAUAACCAUCUCCCCAACCUAUCUGCAUAAACAGACCAGUCUUCUGUCCUGAAGAUGUUUAGCAGUUUAAGAUUCUCUCCUGCUCCACUAACCUCUCCAGUCUCUACCUAAUAUAAUCAUGGGCUUGAGGAAGACUAAAAGGGAGCCAAAACUCAUAAAGGAACCCCUGGCUUGGAUUGCAGGGGAUGGUGUGGGUUUGCAAAUAGAUGGGUCUGUGAGGCCGCAGGGUGUCGCCAGAGUGAGGACGGCACAGGAGCGCGCACGGCCCCAGGAACUACAGUUCCCAGGAGGCCUUGCGCGGACGCCCGGGAGCGGGGCUACCCUAGGGUGGGGCCUGUGGACUGCGGCGUGUGGGGAGCUAUCGCGGCUCGGAUGGCCGGGCAGGUGAAGGACCGCGAGGCCUUCCAGAGGCUCAGCUUCCUGUACCAGGCUGCCCACUGCGUCCUCGCGCAGGACCCCGAGAACCAGGCACUGGCGAGGUUUUACUGCCACACGGAGAGGACCAUAGCGAAGCGGCUCGUAUUGCGGCGGGACCCUUCGGUGAAGAGGACCCUCUGUCGUGGCUGCUCUUCCCUCCUCAUCCCGGGCCUGACCUGCACCCAGCGCCAGAGACGCUGCAAGGCUCAGCGCUGGACUGUACAGACCUGCCUGACAUGCCAGCGCAGCCAACGGUUCCUCAACGAUCCUAGGCAUCUGCUCUGGGGAGACCGGCCUGAGGCCCAGCUGGGGAGCCAGGCAGACAUCAAGAACCUGAGCUUCGGGGCUUCCCUGGUGGCACAGUGGUUAGGAAUCUGCCUGCCAGUGCAGGGGACACGAGUUCGAGCCCUGGUCCAGGAAGACCCCACAUGCCGUGAGCAACUAAGCCCGUGCACCACAGCUACUGAGCCUGCACUCUAGAGCCCGCGAGCCACAACUACUGAGCCCGUGAGCUAUAGCUACUGAAGCCCGCGCGCCUAGAGCUCAUGCUCCACAACAAGAGAAGCCACUGCAGUGAGAAGGCCGCGCACCACAAUGAAGAGUAGCCCCCGCUCGCUGCAACUGGAGAAAGCCCGCGGGCAGCAAUGAAGACCCAACGCAGCCAAAAAUAAUAAACAAAUAAAAUAAAUAAAUAAAAAUAAAACUUAAAAACAAAAAAACUUUGUUAUUUUACAGUUCUGGAUGUCAAAGUCUGAAAUAGGUUUCACGAGGCUAAAAUCAAGAUGUCGGCGAGGCUGUGUUCCUUCUGCAGCCUCUAGAAGAGAAUCUGUUUCCUUGCCUUCUCCAGUCUCCAGAGGCUGCCUGCAUUACUCAGCUUGUGGCCCCUUCCUCCGUCUUCUGAGUCAACAAUCAAAUCACUGUGACCUCUGACUCUGUCGUCGAAUCUCAUUCUCUAACUCUGACUCUCCUGCCUUCCUUUUUCACUUGUAAAGAACCCUGUGUUACAUUGGACCUGCCUGUAUAGUCCAGGAUAAUACUCCCAUCUCAAGAGCCAAAAAGUCCCUUUUGUCGUAUCAGGUGACAUUUUCACAUGUUCCAGGGAUUAAGACAUGGGCUUCUUUAGGAGACCAUUGUCACGCCUACCACAUGACUUCACUGAUGUUUGCUCCCCAGAUUUUCAACUGUGGUAGAAACUGUUAUUCCUGUGUUAAUUUUUUUAUUCCUGGAAUACCAGAGUAGGGCUGUUUUUCUGAAAAAGCCUACACUGAUACAAGAAGAGCUGAAAAAUUGUGCUCCUAUUAUCCCAAAGUCUCCAAAUGGUGCUGAUUUCUUAAUAUGCAAUAGGUAUAAAUUAGGCAAUGAUCUUGCCGGGGCAAUGGAAGGAGGAAAAAAAGGAAUCAUCAGAAAGCACCUGUCCCUUGUCCAUGGUGUCUGGUCCUCUUGGGCUCUGGGCUGCAAUUUUCCUGUCACAUUGACCCCAGCCAAUUCCUGACUGAAAGGGCUUUUAACAUGAUUUGUGUUCAGUUCUUGGAUUUGUCAUCUUCUCUCUGUCCUCUCAUGUAUCUUCAUGUUUGUGUUUUUCUUCUCUUCCAACACUGUAGUCCUGCCUCGAUUCUUAUCAUCGUACUCUUCCUGGCUUGCACACAAGUAAGCCAAUUCUCCAAGAAGAAAUUCCAGACACCUCUUCGUUAUUUGUUAGUUACUGUUUUUAUUUGGCUGCAGAGUUUAUGGGGCAAGCUCUCAAGUUUCUUAACUUUCUAUUUUACAAAAUUGACUAUAGGGCUUCGCUGGUGGCACAGUGGUUAAGAAUCCACCUGCCAAUGCAGCGGACACGGGUUCAAGCCCUAGUCGGGGAAGAUCCCACAUGCCGCGGAGCAACUGAGCCCGAGCGCCACAACUACUGAGCCUGCGCUCUAGAGCCCGUGCUCCGCAACAAGAAAAGCCUGCGUACUGUAACAAAGAGUAGCACCUGGCUCGCCACAGCUAGAGAAAGCCUGCGUGCAGCAACGAAGACCCAAUGCAGCCAAAAGUAAAUAAAUAAAAUUAAUUAUUUUUUUAAAAUUGACUAUAAAAAUAAUGCAUACUCACACAGGAAAUGAAACAAUCAAAUUUGUAUAAAUAUAUUUUUAAAUCUCUUCCAUCACUAAACCCACACCCACUUUACUGAGGUAAUUAAUAUUAUCAAUCUACUCCCUAUAUUUUCGAUUUCUCCAUUUUAAUAAACACUUGUAUUGAGGGAGUUCCCUGGCGGUCCAGUGGUUAAGAUUCUGUGCUUCCACCGCAGGGGUCACAGGUUCAAUCCCUGGCCUGGGAACUAAGAUCCCGCAUGCCGCAUGGCGUGGCCAAAAAAACAAAAAACAGAAAGCAACAACAACAACAAAACUAUAUUGGGUGUUUUUCUCUCAUAGCUUCUUUUUUUAAGCAAAGAAACACACUAAUUUUACUUGACACAAUCAUUCUUAACAACUGGAGAUGUAAAUCACAUACCAUACAAUUCACGCAAAGUGUACAAUUUGGUGGUUUUAAUAUAUUAACAGAGUUGUGCCACCAUUACCACAAUCAAUUCUAGAACACUUAUCACCCCCGAAAGAAACACCAUACUCAUUAGCUGUCACUCUCCAUUUCCCCCAAGACCCCAGUCUUAGGCAACUACCAACGUAUGUUUUAUUUCUACAGAUUUCCUCUUCUGAAUAUUACACAUAAAUUAAAUCAUACAAUAUGUGGCCUUUUGGGUCUGACUUCUUUCACUUAGGAUAAUGUUUUCGAGGUUUAUCCUUUUUGUAGCAUUAUUAGUACUUCCUUUCUUCCCUUCUUCUUCCUCUUCUUCUUUUUCUCCUCCUCCUCCCCUCCCCCUUCUUCUUCCUCUUCCUCUUCUUCUCUCCUCCUUCUUCUUCUUCUUUGCUGAAUAAUAUUCCAUUGUAUAGACAUACUACAAUUUGUUUAUUCAUUUAUUAUUUGACAAACAUUUGGGUUGUUUCCAUUUUUUGCUAUUAUAAAUAAUGUUGUUAUAAACACUUGUGUACAAUGUUUUUGUGUGGAUGUGUUUUUAUUUCUCUUGAAGUGCUUACUUUGGUCUAAAUGCUGUUACACUGUAGGUUCACUGUAGAUGGGCUGCUUGGCAGAACAGAGGCUCAGGUGACUUACUGCCUCUGUGAGUCACUUCCUCUUCUGCCCAGCCUGGCUCUUCUAUUAUAGUGACAUCACGGUUAAUGAUGUAUUGGAAGUGGUGUAGAAUCAGAAUUUGAGAUUGUGAUUAAUGACUGUGUUUAAAAUCACAGUUUCAUGACCAUUAGGGUUUAUCUUAAACUUUCCUCUCUGGUAUCCCAUUGUAUCCAGUUGAGAGAGAACUCCAGCUCCCUGUACACUAGGACAUGUAGAUCUGUCCACAGUGCUGAAAUUCCACCAACUCCAUGAAUGGCCUUCUUAUUGUGGAAAAUUGCUCUACCAUUGAAUUUGUACAUUCGUUAUUUAUAAGUUUAGAGCAUCUGAGUUACUGAACAAUCCAGCAAUAAGUUGGGAAGAUAACAUAUAGAAAGAUCCACAAAAUAUUCUCUUAUGCCCUAUACUGAAAUGUACAGAACAAAACAAAAAUAGACCACAUAAUGAGUGAGAAGUUUAUCUUUAAGUUUUUUAUCAGGAUAUAAAUAAAUUCAGUAUUGUGGAGGAAAGAGAAAGAAUUCAGAUUUCAAUUAACUUUGAUUAUCCCCUCCCAAUUUAUUAUCCUUUUUAACCUCACAAGACAUUUCAAUUUUUUCCAUAGUUUAUCUUCAUUCAAUGUUAUGCACACACUUACCCUUAUUUCUUGUUUAUUUUUUAUUUAAACUCACACCCUCCUCCUGAGACCUCUCCUUUUGCCUGAAGUACAUUCUUCAGAGUUCCUUUAGUAAUGGUCUGUUUGUGUCAAAUUGUCUGCCUUUGGAAAAUCCCAUUGAAAUUUUAGUUUUAAUUAUUGUGUUUUUAAAAAUUAAUUAAUUUUGGCUGCGUUGGGUCUUCGUUGCUGCGUGCAGGCUUUCUCUAGUUGCAGAGAGCGGGGGCUGCUCUUCGUUGAGGAGCACGGGCUCUAGGCGUGCGGGCUUCGGUAGUUGUGGCUCGCGGGCUUAGUUGCUCUGUGGCAUGUGGGAUAUUCCUGGACCAGGGCUCAAACCCAUGUCCCCUGCAUUAACAGGCGGAUUCUUAACCACUGCGCCACCAGGGAAGUUCCUACAUUUUCAUUUAUAAAAUGUUGUAUAUAAUUCUUUUCAAAUUUUCUUGGAUAUUCUUUACAAUUUCUUAUUAGCUGAAAAUAUUUAAAAUUUUGUCUUUUAUUCACAGUAAGAAUAAGCUAUUUUAUAACCUAUUUUUAUUACUCUAAUUUAAAAGUUAUAGGAUUCUGUUGUUUGUUUUUUCUGUUUCUUCUUUCAAGGUAUCUUGUUUCUUGUGAACAUAUAUUUUCUUUUUUAGUGUUAAGUAUUCAUUUUGGUUAUGAAAUGAUUUUUGGAAUUUUCAAAGCAUGGAUGAUAGUAGAUUCCUCCAGACCUCUCUUGUGUUUCCUUUCACCAGAUUCCUUGGAGUAUGGCCUUCUUAAUCCUGAAUUCAUGGCAUGCUAAUAUUCAGAACAUCCAUGUAAUGUGAACUUGGGUUGUAAAUCCGUAAGAGAGAACACCUGUGGUUAAAACUUAGGCUGUGGUAUUAUUCUGCUGCCUGCCUGGGAAAUCAGUAUAGGAAAAAUUCAGACUCUUUAUGAAUCAGGAGAGGGGCCACCUGUGCUCCUUGAUGGGGAUCUUCCUGUGACCCAUUUGUUCCUGCUGGGGGUGACCAUGACUCCCAAUUCCAUCCCUGUAAAAUAGUAAAAAAAUAAAUCAGACAUGAGAACAUCUAAAAUUUUCCUUUGAACUCUUUUUUGGGAAGUAGAGGGAUGUGCUCCAGGAAAAGGAGGGCAUAUACCAAAAAACAGGAAGAUGUGGGAUCUGGGAAACCAGGGCAUCAACCUACGAGAAGGGAAAGGGAGUCAACAGGAAGGCAGAGGGGAGCCUUAACCAAGAAAAUUACCUAGGCAGCAACCAUCAUGGUUUUGAAGGGAUUGAGAAGGGAUUCACUUAACUGAGGGAGAGUUGGGGGGAUACAUUUAUAAAAUUAAAACAUCAUGGAAAGUAAGAAAAUGAAAACAUCAGGCAAUUAUUAAAUCCCUGACAAACACCAGUAUGUAUGGAAAGGACAAUUAAGAGAGUUUUACAUGUGGCUCAGGCAUGAGUAGAAUUCCCAUAAGUAAAUAAUUGUAACUCGCAGUCCAGUCAAUUGUAACUCUCAGACUCUCAGUCCAGUCAACUGGACUACCUACCCUAAGAGGAAGAAAUUACAUUUAUUGGGGGGUGGGGGAGUUGGAGGUGUGGGAGGAAGGGAUGCUGGCAUGUCAAAGAUAAUUUCUAUCAAUAAAACAAAAAUCAAAUGAAGCACGAAUGUAUGCUAUCAAGAGACAUGGAGAUAACAAAAAAAACAUAAGCAAAAAAAAAACCAUAAGCCAAAAGGCUUGAAAAUAGUUGUUUUCCAGAAAAGGGGUAGAAGGGAAUGGUUGGGAGAAAGUGGAGGAGAGAUGGUAUUUUGCUACUGGCAAGGCACUGUGUAACUUUUUCUUUUUUUUCUUUUUUGCUGAGCCACUUGUGGGAUCUCCCUGACCAGGGAUGGAACCGGGCACUCGGCAGUGAAAGCGUGGAGUCCUAACCACUGGACCACCAGGGAAUUACUGACGCAUUGUGUAACUUAAUGAAGGGGGAAGUGGACAGUUCAGGCAGCCAGCCUCACUCAGAGAAUAGAGUUCCAAGGAGUGGUGACGGGUCUGUGGGUUCCUGAAAUCUCUUCUCCUGAGUUGGGGGCGGUGGUGAUGAUGGUGGGAUGAAUUGGGAGAUAAGGAUUGACAUACAUACACUAUGUAUAAAAUAGAUAGCUAAAAAGAACCUGCUGUAUAAAAAAAAUAAAAUUUUAAUUUUUUUUUAAAAAGAAAGAAAAAAGAAAGUAACAAGUAUUGGCAAACCUGUAGAGAAAGCAGAACACUUGCAAACUGCUGGUGGGAAUAGAAAAUGGUGCAGGACAAAAGAGUACAAUUUAAUGAGGGGAUUAUUUUAAUAGAUGUGUGUGUGAAAAGGGUGUGAGCAGUUACCAGUUCUCUUAGAAAGAGCAGGGACUCCGAGCUUUCACGGAGGGGGCACGGGUUUGAUCCCUGGUCGGGGAAAUAGGAUAGCCACGUGGCAUGACUGAAAAGAUAAAUAAAUACAUUUUUAAAAUGAUAAAUAAAUAAAUGGGUAUGUGUGGUUUUAUAAAACACUGGCAGAGAGGCUGUACCUUUUUGCAUUCCCACCAGCAACGAAUGAAACUUCCUAUUGUUCCAUGUCCUCACCAUCAUUUGGUGUUAUCAGCGUUUUGGAUUUUAGCCAUUCUAAUAGAUGUGUAGUGGUAUUUCAUUGUUGUUUCAAUUUGCAAUUAUCUAAUGAUAUAUCAUGUGGAACAUAUUUUCAUAUACUUAUUUUCCAUCUGUAUAUCUUCUUUGGUAAGGUGUGAAGUGUCUGUUCAGAUUUUUUGCCCAUAUUUUAUUGGGCUGUUGGUUUUCUUAUGGUUGGGUUUUUUUUGUUUGUUUGUUUUUGCGGUACGCGGGCCUCUCACUGCCGUGGUCUCUUUCGUGGCGGAGUACAGGCUCCGGACGCGCAGGCUCAGUGGCCGUGGCUCGCGGGUCCAGCCGCUCCACCGCAUGUGGGAUCUUCCCGGACUGGGGCACGGAACCCAUGUCCCCUGCAUCGGCAGGCGGACUCUCAACCACUGCGCCACCAGGGAAGCCCUCUUAUGGUUGAGUUUUAAGAGUUCUUUGUGUAUUUUGAGCACCAGUAUUUUAUCAGAUAUGUGAUUUGCAAAUAUUUUCUCCCAGUUUGUGUCUUGGCUUUUAUUCUUUUUAACAAUGUCUUUCACAAAGCGGAAGUUUUUCACAAGUUCAAGUGCUUAGCAAACUCCAAACCAGGAUAAAUACUGUAUGAGAUGGCUUAUAUGUGGAAUCGAAAAAAUACAACAGACUAUGAAUAUAACGUAAAAAGAAGCAGACUCAUAGAUAUAGACAACAUGCUAGUGGUUACCAGUGUGUGUGGGGGGGCAACUUAGGGCUGGGGGAUUGGGAAGUUCAAACUAUUGGGUGUAAGAUAGGCUAAAGGAUGUAUUGUACAAUGUGAGGAAUAUAGUAAUAGUUGUAAAUAGAAAGUAACCUUUAAAAUUUUUAUAAAGUAAAAAUAAUUUAAGAAUAUAAAAACUUUUUUUAAAUUAAUUUAUUUAUUUUGGCUGCAUUGGGUCUUCGUUGCUGUGCGUGGGGCUUUCUCUAGUUGCGGUGAGCAGGGGCUACUCUUCAUUACGUUGCGCGGGCUUCUCAUUGCAGUGGCUUCUCUUGUUGCGUGCAGAGACAGGCUCUAGGCGUGCGGGCUUCAGUAGUUGUGGCAUGCGCUCUCAGUAGUUGUGGCGCACGGGCUUAGUUGCUCCGAGGCAUGUGAGAUCUUCCCGGACCAGGGCUCAAACCCGUGUUCCCUGCAUUGGCAGGCGGAUUCUUAACAACUGCGCCACCAGGGAAGCCCAAUAAAAACUUUUAAGUCUGUAUAAUGCUACUCUUUGUAUAAGAAAGACUAAAAAAUAUUUAUAACAUGUGUGUUUAUUUUUGUAAAAAGAAACUCUGUAAGAAUAAAACAGAAACCAAUAAAAAUGGUUACUUGAAGGGAGAAGGAAGAAACUGAUGGGGAGUAUACGAUAAACAUACUUGUCUGAGUACAUUUUUUUUUAAUUAAUUUAUUUUUUGGCUGUGUUGGGUGUUCACUGCUGCGCCCACGGGCUUUCUCUAGUUGUGGCGAGCAAGGGGCUACUCUUCAUUGCCAUGUCCGGGCUUCUCAUUGCAGUGGCCUCCCUUGCUGCAGAGCAUGGGGUCUAGGUGUGCAAGCUUCAGUAGUUGUGGCUCGUGGGCUCAGUAGUUGUGGCGCACAGGCUUAGUUGCUCCAUGGCAUGUGGCAUCUUCCCCGACCAGGGAUCGAACCCAUGUCCCCUGAACUGUCAGGAGAAUUCUUAACCACUGUGCCACCAGGAAGUCCCAUGAGUACAUUUUAAAAAUCUUAUUUCUACUUUUGAACUUUGAAAGUAUUUUACAUAUUUUAAAUGAACUUAAUAUAAAAAAUCAGUCUAAAAUUGAAAACUAAAACAUAUGAACCUAUUUAUUUGCAUAUUUUGAGGUAACCAUUAAGAGAAAAUAAUUAUUUUAGGUGACUUUUGAAUACAGUACUCUGUAUAUCCUUCAUGGUAAAUAUUCUAAAGACUAAAAGAACAGCUAGUAAAUAUUAAAUUUCACUCAGUAAUUUUAUUGUUAGUAGUAUUAAAUAUUGCAAUUUUGAAAUUAUUUUAUGCAUAUUUUAGGAUAAAAUGAAUAGAUAAAUACAUCAAAGUUAUUAAGAUUUUCAAUUAGCCUGAUAAAAGAUAUAAAAUACAAAAUUAAAGAAGUUGAGAGAAAACUACAAUGUAAAAUUUGAAUUGGAAAUAUCACAAUGAAUUCAUGAUUUUUCUAAACACUAAAAGUGUCUUAAAGCAGUGAUACCUCUAUAGCAAUGAGCUCUCCGAGAACCUAAACACUGGUUUUUAUAUACCAUUAUUCGUUAAAAGAACCAGUGCUCCUUGGAGAAAUGGCCGAUUCCAUGUCUGAAGCACGGGAAAGUAAAAACUGAGCCUGGGACCUCAUCAUGCCAGAAGCAAGAAAGUGGUCAAGACAACUUUGGGGCAUGUCAAAAGGACACAGGAGUCAGCUUAAAAGGGCUCCUACUGGACACAUUUGAUACAGUUUGAGCACAAAAGGAAUAAUGACUGUAACUGAUUAUAAAAUACUAAAUGGAUUAAAAACCCUGGAUCUAUAGUUAAAAAAAAAAAAGACUAUAACUUUCUACCCUUGUAGAUUAAUAUACCACCACCUUACUCUGAAAAUUGGCAAUUAAAUGGAAAUAAUUAAGCAUUUGUCGUGGCUUUUUAGAAGGAGCCCUACUUUUCCAGUUGAUGAGGGAAAGCUCCUCUCUAGAUUAAUAUUUCCUUAUAAAUGGGGGCGUGGGAGAAGUCGAAAAGCACCAUUUUGUAAUUCCUGAUGAAAUAACUCAUUCAGGCAAGGAUCACUAUGGAUGCCAAUUAUUGGGUGAAAGCUUUUUUAGAAUAUUCAGUGUCAGGAAUUCCCUGGUGGUCCAGUGGUUAGGACUCCAUGCUCUCACUGCCAGGGGCCUGGGUUUGAUCCCUGGUUGGGGAACUAAGAUCCCGCAAGGUAUGUAGUGCAGCCAAAAAAAAAAAAAAAAAAAUCACAGUGUCAAAGAACCAUGCAGAUGACUUGCUAAUUGCAAAGGGGAACAGUUUACCUUCAUAGGACAUUUCGGACAGUAGCCACCUUAACCAAGUGAUUACACUUAGCAUCAUUAGCUAUGGUAUGACCUCUUAUUACAUGCAUUCCAAUGUGAGGCAAUGUGAAGAACGCAGCACUUUUGAAGAAUUAGUCCCAAAAUUGGGUAACUAGAAUCUAAUUUUUUUAAUUAAAAAAAUAUGAGCUAGAGGAACAAGUUAAAUGGCAGCAUAGAAACAAUAAGACAAAUCCAGAAUGUAGGACAUUCUAUAGAAGAGACUGGCCUAGUCUCUUCAGUCAGUUCUAUGAAGAAAAAGACUGGAUUCUUCUGGAUUAAAAAGAAAAGGGGGGCUUCCCUGGUGGCGCAGUGGUUGAGAGUCCGCCUGCCGAUGCAGGGGACACGUGUUCGUGCCCCGGUCCGGGAAGAUCCCACAUGCCGUGGAGCGGCUAGGCCCGUGAGCCACGGCCGCUGAGCCUGCGCGUCCGGAGCCUGUGCUCCGCAACGGGAGAGGCCACAACAGUGAGAGGCCUGAGUACCGCAAAAAUAAUAAUAAUAAAAUUAAUUAAUUAAUUAAUUAAUUAAAAAUUAAAAAAAGAAAAGGGGAGGGACUUCCCUGGUGGUCCAGCAGCUAAGACUCUGCACUCCCAAUGCUGGGGACCUGGGUUCGAUCCCUGGUCAGGGAACUAGAUCCCACAUGCCACAACUAAGAUCCUGCAUGCCGCAACGAAGAUCCUACACGCGGCAACUAAGACCCAGCACAGCCAAAUAAAUAAAUAAAUAAAUAUUAGAAAAAAAAAAAAGAAAAGGGAAAAGAGGAGGACAUAAUCACAACAAAAGGCAAUGUGUGGAACUUGAUUCCUGGUUUGUUUCUUUAAUGCUAUAAAAGACAUUUAAAUUGGGAAAGCUUGAAUAUGAUAUUAGAUUAUAUUAGGAAUUAUUAACUCAUUAGACAUGAUAAUUCUAUUGUGGUUGUGUAAGAUAUAUACUGAUGACUUAGGGAUGAAUGAGCAUGAUGUCUGCAACUUGCUUCCAACUGGUUCAGGAAAAAGAAAGGAUAAGUAGACAGACAAAUAGAUGGAUAACAAGAUAGAGACUACUAAAGCAAAUGUGGCAGAAUGAUAGGAUUUGUUGAAACCUUGUAUGAAUGUUUGGGUGUUUACUGUCCUUUUUUUCAGUUUGUGUGUUAGACAAUUUUCAAAACAAAACGUUGGAAAGAAUUUCCAUAUUAUUCUUUUUUUUAACAUAGUAACAGAAGACAUUCCAGGCAGCAGCUCAUUAAAUUAUUUCUUCUUUGUUCUCCCGUGAAACCAAUAGAUUCUCAUUUAUGAUAUUUCUGAAGGCACAUUAAGAAACAUGUUCAAACUUUGUUAUCUCUUUAUUCAAGUUUGGCUUUAAUAUUUUAUUAAAAAUUCUUGAAUUUGUAAAUAUUAAAACACUGCAGUUUCCUACGGACACAAGAGUGACAAUGAACUAGCAAUAAAAUCAAAGUAGAAGCUAAACUACUUAGAAGCAAUAGCAACUCCAUAAUUCAAAGAUAAUUUAGACAGGUAAUUUUAAAGAAUUUAUUUAAUAAGGCUCAAAGCAGCCGCUCAGCCUGCAGUGAUGAUGCUCCACCGGCAGAUGGCGCUGCAAAGCGUCUCAGGUGCAGCGGGAAGCCCAUUUACCAAUGGCUGUCGCAAUCUCUUAAUUACUUGAACUGAUGAGUUCAUAUUAUAAUUUUUAUUAAUUAUUUUUACUGCUUAUUGCAGUUACUCUUAUACUACUUACUAACUGGUACAGAAGUGUUUUAACAACUGGUUGAGCAGUACCAGUGCAAACCGGCUGAAUGUCAGCGCUGUUUCCUCCUAUUACGACAGAAGCCACCAGGCUCCUGCGGGAGGGUAAUCCCUGCACCGGGACUGUCAGUGCCACCCCCGCCUGCUCUCCAGGGCUUGUUCCAUCACUAAUCCCCACUUUCCUGCAUUUUCAACCUUUCCUCCUCCACUUGACCCUUCUAAACAGCCUGUGAAAAUGUUCAAAACUUUAAAAAACUGUUUUCCUCGAUUUUAUAUACUUUGCUCUCUCCGUUUUUCUCUCAUUGCAAACACAACCAAACUUCUUGAAAAUUAUAUCCUUUUCUCCACUGCUUCCACUUCAUUCCUCCAAAUUAUUCCUCAAUCCCCUGACAUCUGGGAAUUCUGACCUCAUCUGUCCAAUGGAACUGCUCCCACCAAGAUCAGCAAGGCUUUUUACUAAAUCCAGUGGACACUCUUCAUUCUUGUCAUCAAUCCUCAGCAGCAUUCUGCACUGCGCCCUUCCUUCCUCCUUCCCUAAGCUUUCAAUGCACCACACUUCCUAGGUUUUAUCCUGUCUGCUGGUUCCUCUUUCCCUGCCUUCCCUUUUAUAUUCUCCAUGUCCUUCCUCAGCCCUCUUCUCUUCUCACACUACCCACUUUCUGUGGAUGAUCUCAGUUACCCUCCUCCCACCUAUAUGUUACUGACACCCAAAUCUCUGUGUGCAGCCACACCUCUCUUCCCCCAAAACCCUUAAUUCCGGUUUCCAUUCUUUCUCUGGGAUCUCUGCAAAAGCCUCUGAUCUCUCUCCCCUUUCCAAACCAGUCUCCACACUCCAAUCAAAGUGACCUAAGGUACAAAUCUCUCCUUCUUGGUCUCAGUGCUCCUCUGGAUAAAGCCUUAAUCUUUAGCAUGGUUGACAAGGCCCAGUGAGAGCUGACCCAAGCCUACCUCUCCAGCUUCACCUUUCGCCACUUCUCCCUUGAACCCUCUGCCCUAGCCAUGCUGAACGAGUUAGUCUUCCAAAA